GGUUUUGCCUCGCACCCAUGCAUGCAGUAGAAGCAGCGUCGGUCGAGGCGGAAAGGUUCGGUGAGCCGGUCGCGUUCAGUGAAAACGUGCGUACCCGGCUGUCAGCCAACCGAUCCGGCGGGAAAGACCGAGCCACCCACCCGUCGUUCGGGGUUCGCCCCCCUAUAGACUGGGUGCGAGCGAAGGGGCCGCGAGAGAGAGUGUGUGUGCCGACUAGCCAGCGUUUCCCAGUCCGCCCCAGCGGGUAUAAAAGCGAUUCCCUUGCUUUGAAGGCGAGUUUUGUACACGCGACGCUUCCCACGGUUGAACGUCGAGCCUCUCAAGUUGGUUGAACGUGCGAGGGCGAUUCAGUGUUAGCCGAAGUCCUACUCGUGGAACUUGUGAACAUUUUUUUUGUGGAACCUUCAGUGCUAACCCAAGAUGUCCGCUGAAAAGAAAUCUGUCCUGAGGACCCCGAACUCGAGGUUGUUCGAUACCAACGAUGAUAUUGAGGCUUCGAGAACCCCGAGACGUGUGAAGAACUACAUGAAGUCGAGCAUUUUCGAUGAGCCGUCUUCCUUGCCAGUGCACCAGAACUCCAUCGAUCAGAGCGAUUCUGGGAGUGAGACUGCUUCGAAUGACGGUGACAGGCUCUCCACUUCCACGACAUCGUCGAUUGGAACUCCUUCUGAUAGACCCCGUGGUCGUGUGCCUCCGGGUGGCUACGCGAGCAAACUCUGGUAAAAGGGCGACACUUGGAACGACAAAAUGCUUAUCGGAAGAACAUAUUUGAGUGGAAUGAAUUUCUCUGACUUUAUCGAGGACCAAGAUCUUUGUGUGCGGGACGAGCGGAAGGAUGAUCGUGUUUUUAUUUUCAGCUUGUUAAUUAGCGAGACGAAAUUUUGACUUGGACCCAAAGAUUGUAAUUAAACUCGGAUGAGAGAAUAAAAAUGUUGGUCUUAUCUGAAAAAAA